AUCAUAUGACGCAGUGGCGACAGUUCCGCCCCCGGCUCGAGGGUUUUGUAAAGGGUCACGUUGCGCUGCAGCAGUGAAACAGGAGACUCCUCUUCCUCACUCUGCAUCCUCAGCACCCAGCUCACCUGCUCUCUCCACAGCCAGACAGCCAUCAGCAGCCACCAUGACUCACCAGUACCCCGCACUGACUGCUGAGCAGAAGAAGGAGCUUCAGGAAAUCGCUCAGAGGAUAGUAGCUCCAGGAAAAGGCAUCCUCGCAGCCGAUGAGUCCACCGGCAGCAUGGCGAAACGUUUGAACCCCAUUGGGGUUGAGAACACAGAGGAGAACAGGCGUCGCUACCGCCAGCUUCUCUUCACAGCCGACCAGCGCAUUGACAGCUGUAUCGGAGGGGUCAUCUUCUUCCACGAAACCCUCUACCAGAACACAGACGACGGAACUCCCUUUGCCAAGCUCAUCAAAGACCGCGGCAUUGUUGUCGGCAUCAAGGUGGACAAAGGUGUUGUGCCCCUCGCUGGAACAAAUGGAGAGACCACCACUCAGGGUCUGGAUGGGCUGUCUGAGCGCUGUGCGCAGUACAAGAAGGACGGCGCAGACUUCGCCAAGUGGCGCUCUGUGCUGAAGAUCAGCGACACCGAGCCAUCCGAGCUGGCCAUCUUUGAGAAUGCGAAUGUUCUGGCACGAUAUGCUAGCAUCUGUCAGCAGAAUGGUAUUGUUCCUAUUGUGGAACCUGAGAUCCUUCCUGAUGGAGAGCACGACCUGAAGCGUUGCCAGUACGUCACUGAGAAGGUCCUAGCUGCAGUUUACAAGGCUCUGUCAGACCACCACGUAUACCUGGAAGGGACACUGCUGAAACCCAACAUGGUCACUGCCGGACACUCCUGCCCCACCAAGUACAGCAGCGAGGAAAUCGCCAUGGCAACCGUCACUGCCCUGCGCCGCACUGUGCCUCCUGCCGUCACAGGAGUGACAUUCUUGUCAGGUGGCCAGUCCGAAGAAGAGGCCAGUGUGAACCUUAAUGCCAUCAACAACUGUUCGCUCGCCAAGCCCUGGGCCCUGACUUUCUCCUACGGCCGCGCCCUGCAGGCCUCCGCCCUGAGCGCAUGGAAAGGAGAGCUGAGCAACGAGAAGGCCGCCACCGAGGAGUUCAUCAAGCGUGCUGAGGCAAACGGUCUGGCUGCACUCGGCAAGUAUGAGUCUUCUGGGACCGCUGGUGCCGCUGGAAAGUCCCUCUACGUGGCUAAUCACGCCUACUAAACAUCAAACCACAUUCAACUGUGGUCUUAUUGUAGUCUUAUAUCUGCUCUGCUAUUCCCCCUCACUCACAGGCCUGCGCUGUCUACUGUACUUUAGAGUUGUCCGAGUUAUUAAAAUUACAUUAUUAGAUAUGUGUAUUUAAAAACAUAACGUGAAACUACAAUACUAAAGGGAACAGGCUUGUUUUUUUUUUUCUAUUUAAUCGAACAAAUCAAUUUGAGACAAUUUAUGACUAUCUAUUUUAUGUGUCUAUAACAGUUAUUGGGCUCUGAGAUAGGAAGUUGCAAAAUUAUAACAUUAAAUUAAGAUAAUCAGUGAGUAUCUAAUUCAUGCCUCUUCUUAACUACACCUCUCUACACUCUGCUUUCUCCCCCCACAUGGUAAAUCUGUUUCGCUUUUUGUCAUAACGCAGUGUUGGCUCAUGCUAUACUAACAUCCACCCUGACAGCGGGACCAACUAAAUAUUGGUGGCAUCAGUACAUCCCUUAGGGGACAAGACGACAAGACUUUUUUUUAGACUGAGUUGAUCUUUGAUCUUUUGAGCGACUGUCCAAAAAGUGUGGCGUGCUCGUACUUUCAGACUGCUCCAGCAGAGGUCAGUAGACACUCUGUGAUAAACCACCACACACCAGAAUAUAUCCUAAUGAUUCAUCCUAACCUUUGUGUUCACACUCCUUAUCACCACUUAUCAGAGAAACAUCUUGUGUGUCUAUUCUCAGUAUGACAUUAGCUUUAAAUUACAUACAGUGAUUAAUGUAUUCAGUUGUGUGAAGGUGUCGAUAUUAUGUGACUCUUGUGUGUCAUUCCCCUCCUGAUUCCCCCUGGCAGACCCUACAGGAAGAGGAGAUGGUGUCUAUAGAUAUUAGAUUAUAGCCAUAAUGUGGACCAAUACGUGGGGUCAGCAGCGGGGGAAACAGUCACUGCUGUGUUGGAAUACUGUGAUGUUUGUGAUGUUAAUAUUGUUCUUGAAGCACUUUGUGUGUCAAAUAGUGGAGAAAAAAUAAAUAAACAUUAAAAACUA